AUGCCUCGCAGGAGGCGCGGGAGCCGGGUGGGUGCCCUGGAGGGCGGCCGGGAGGAGGAGGCGUCCCGGGAGGCGGCUGUUGUGCCCUCGCCGCUCUGGACUUCUCCGCAGCAGACUGAGGCUGCGGAGCAGAUUCUGCUCCGAGGCAUCUUCGAGAUUGGACGGGGUAGCUGUGACGUGGUGCUGAGCGAGCGGGCCUUGAGGUGGCGACCCAUUCAGCCCGAGCGCCUGACCGGUGAUUCCAAUUAUGACAUGCUAUGUAAAGAAGAAAUGAUUGAACUCAAAGAUAUUUUCUCUGUGAAACUGAAACGGCGUUGUUCUGUUAAACAGCAGGGAAGUGGCACCCUAUUAGGUAUCACGCUUUUCAUCUGCUUAAAAAGGGAACAGAAUAAAUUGAAGGAUUCUACACUUGAUCUUAUUAAUUUAAGUGAAGAUCACUGUGACAUAUGGUUUCAACAAUUCAGGAAAAUUUUGGCAGGUUUUCCGAACAGACCAAAGUCAUUAAAAAUACUCCUUAAUCCUCAAAGUCACAAAAAAGAAGCGAUACAGGUCUAUUAUGAGAAAGUUGAACCACUGUUGAAACUUGCAGAAAUAAAAACUGAUGUAACAAUAACAGAAUAUGAAGGACAUGCCGUAUCACUGCUUAAGGAAUGUGAACUCCAGGGAUUUGAUGGGAGGCACUGGAAACCAUUUGCAAUACGAUGGAGUGCGCAGACAUUGCUCACUAGCAGGCCAAUGUUAGAACCACGUGUUGUCUGUGUUGGUGGAGAUGGAUCUGCGAGUGAAGUAGCCCAUGCUUUGCUUCUUAGAGCCCAGAAGAAGGCAGGGAUGGAAACAGAUGGAAUCCUAACUCCUGUCAGAGCACAGCUUCCACUCGGCUUAAUACCAGCAGGAUCUACCAAUGUAUUGGCACAUUCUCUUCAUGGAAUCUCUCAUGUGGUAACUGCAACUUUGCACAUUAUAAUGGGGCACAUACAACCAGUCGAUGUCUGCACCUUUAGCACUGCUGGCAAGCUUCUUCGCUUUGGGUUCUCUGCCAUGUUUGGCUUUGGUGGAAGAACUUUGGCUGUAGCAGAAAAGUAUCGGUGGAUGUCCCCCAACCAUCGGAGAGAUUUUGCUGUGAUUAAGGCGCUGGCCAAACUUAAGCCAGAAGACUGUGAGAUAUCAUUCUUACCAUUUAACAGCUCUAAAGAUAUUCAAGAAAGGAAGGCACAAGGAUCUCCCAAAUGUGACUGUGAUGAUCCCUGGCAGAUGAUCCAGGGUCAGUUCCUGAAUGUCAGCAUUAUGGCAAUUCCUUGCCUGUGUUCAGUGGCACCUAGAGGCUUGGCACCUAAUACCAGAUUAAAUAAUGGAAGCAUGGCUCUUAUAAUUGCACGAGACACAUCUCGGCCGGAAUUUAUCAAACACUUGAAAAGAUAUGCCAGUGUGAAAAAUCAGUUUAGCUUUUCAUUUGUUGAAACAUACACUGUUGAAGAAGUAAAAGUUCAUCCAAGGAGUAAUUCUAGCAGAUACAACCCAGAGAGGGAGGAUACACCUCAUGAAACUGCUUCAGAAAAUAGUUUCCCUUGGAAUGUAGAUGGUGAUUUAAUGGAAGUUGCAUCAGAGGUCCAUGUUAGAUUACAUCCAAGGCUUAUCAGUCUUUAUGGAGAAAGCAUGGAAGAAAUGCAUGAUUUCAAAGUAACGUGUAACUGUAUAUAAAAGAAAUAGGCAAAUUAGAACUUUAAUAUGAAGGAAUAGGGCCAUGUUUCCAACAGAUAUGCUAAUAGAAAAAGGGUUUCAAUUUAUUUUUUUAAAGAAAUUACUAUUUUUGAUGUUACCUAAAAUUAGUCUCUCUAGGGCUUUAAAAAUCAAGAUGAAAAAUAUGAAAUUCUGUAGUUUGCUGGGUAUAAUCUGCACCUGUGUUUUGGGCCCAAACUUUUGGAAAAAUGCACCUCCAGAAAAUGGUUGGCUCUUGGCAGCAGAGACACAUCUGGGGAGGGCUAACGCUGCCCUGGUAAAUGUUUAGAUUGCCCCCUCCCCUGCAACCUCCUUCUCUGCUACCCCCUUUCUCUCUUCCUGAGCCCUUCUCUCCUCACUACGGGCCAUGGCUGAGAUAGCCACAUGCUGUGUGGCCAGUGGGGCAAGAGCUUCUAAGGCCACUUGGCCCAUGGGCAGUUAGGCAGGUCCUGAGGCCCAUGCUGGACUAUCAGCCCCUCUAUGUGGGUCUCUUGCCCGCUCCCUGCACAGCUGGGGCUCACCUUGCCACUCCUGCUUCUGCCUCCUCCCCUGAUUGCCCUGCUUGACAGAGGCUGCUCCAGCCUGCUUCCACCAGAUCCUGGAUGCUCCCGAAUUAGACCCCAGGAGCCCGGUGGGCCCAGGUGCAGCAGCCCCAGGAGGCCCACUGGGGUUCCCCACUCCUGAGUCAUACUAUCCUUGUA